UUUCAAACUGAUUAAGCUCUUCCUUCGGGAGCAGGGGCGUGUUGUGUGGUUGACUGAGGAGAGUAAUAAAUCCCUUACAUUUUAACUAAACCUUGUGGUUCGAGACGUGAAGGUGGAGUUUGAUCCUUCAGCGAGUGGAGGAAGCUUCAACAAACAAGCGUGAGAUUCCUGGGUUCUCAGAUAAUUUGUGACAUGCUUUGUUGUUUCGGGAAAACAACCCAGCUCAGGACAGUCCAGCUGGAAUGAUAAGACUGUGAAGCCACUUGCUGAAAGAUGAGUAUCUUUGUAGCGGGAGACCGAGCAACCAGCAUGACCCCAUCACCCUCUCCGUCGCCCUCUCCUGGGGCCACAACUACUCUGUCUGCUGUGGAUAUAGUGGUGCUGGUGAUCUACUUCUUGCUAGUGCUUGCUGUGGGAUUCUGGUCAAUGUGGAGGACGAAGCGCAGCACAGUGGAUGGAUACUUCCUGGCUGGGAAGAGCAUGACCUGGUGGCCGGUGGGGGCCUCCCUGUUUGCCAGCAACAUUGGCAGUGGACAUUUCAUUGGCCUGGCAGGGUCCGGAGCUGCAGCGGGGAUUGGAGCAAUUGCUUAUGAAUGGAAUGGUAUGCUGAUGGUGCUGCUGCUGGGAUGGCUCUUCCUGCCCAUUUAUAUUGCCUCUGGGGUAACAACAAUGCCAGAAUACUUGCAGCGGCGCUUUGGUGGUCGAAGAACACAGUUAUUCAUAGCUGUCCUGUCCUUGUUUAUUUACAUUUUCACAAAGAUAUCGGUGGACAUGUAUGCUGGUGCAUUGUUUAUACAGCUUGCUUUGCAGUGGGAUAUCUACGUGGCUAUAGUGCUGCUGCUGUCAGUCACUGCUCUCUACACUGUAGCAGGUGGUCUGGCUGCAGUCAUCUACACAGACGCUGCUCAAACUGCCAUCAUGCUGGCAGGAGCUCUCACCCUCAUGGGCUUCAGCUUUGCCGAGGUCGGGGGCUGGAAUGCUCUGAUGGAGGGAUAUGCCCACGCCAUCCCUUCUAUCCGCGUGCCGAACUCGACCUGUGGAAUCCCCCGAGACGACGCGUUCCACAUCUUCAGAGACCCGGUGAACUCUGACCUGCCUUGGCCUGGGGUCAUCAUCGGCAUGUCCGUCCCGUCCAUGUGGUACUGGUGCUCUGAUCAGGGUGCAUUUUGGGGCCUGGCUAUCGGCCUGUUGGUGGGCUGCAUCCGCAUGUUGUUGGACUUCAUUUACCCGGCGCCCCUGUGCAACGAGGAGGACGACAGGCCCGAGGUGUUGAAAUACGUCCACUACCUCUACUUCUCCGUCUUGCUGUCCUUCAUCACCCUGGUUGUGGUGGUUGUCAUCAGCCUGGCCACGGAGGAGCCCAAACCAGAGCAGAUCAGUCGACUUACCUGGUACACAAGGUUUGAUCCCGUGGAGCCCAAAGUGCAUGUGGUCCCAGCGGAGCAGAGCAGUAAAACCAUAGAGAUCAUGGGUCAGACAGAUGAGAUGGGAGUUAUAGGAAAAGAGCAGCAGGACACCAGCGAUACUAAAACAUGUCAUCACAGGAAAGACUCCUCAUCCUCUGUGUCCAGCAUCCACAGCCAGUCCAGGCUGAUGUCUGCCGUCUACUGGCUCUGCGGGAUGGAAAGACGGAAGGAGGGAGAGAGUCCUGCAGCAUCUCCUGCACCUGAACAGAGCAUCUGCUCUCUGGAAGAAAAGCCAUGUCUACGCCUCAUCAUCAACGCCAACCUCAUCAUUUGCCUUUCUGUAACUGCUUUUAUCAUUGGCUACUGGGGCUGACGGGAAGGUACUCUUCAUGGACACGUGGUGUUUGGCUUGGGUAAAAUGUUGUGUACAGGUUUAAGUGUUUUGUUUUCACUGAGAAGAAGAAGAGACUUUACUUUCUCAUCAUUGAAUUCAUUAAUUGAAACAAAAUGUGAAUCCAGGAAUUUUUACCCUUUUCUUUAAAAUUGCGAGAUAUGGUGUUUUUU